CUGACUGAGCUCAAUCCCUUUUGGUGCCGAUGGUUGUACAUGAUACAUAUAAUAACAUUUUGGAGGCUAAAGUUCAAGAUAUGUUGAAAUUCGUAACUAAAUUAGCUGGCUUAAAUUAACAUCAAAAGGUCAAAUAUUGCGUCAACGGGUUUAUAGUUCAAUGGUAAAAACUUUUCUCUAUAAAUUAGUAGUCUUUGGUUCAAAUCCUAGUAAUACCUCCGCUACUCUCUUCCAAUCUUGAAAAAAAAAAAAGAAACACUCAAAUAUUGCAACUGUUUUCAAAACGGAGGGGCCACUUGGGCUCGUAGACACAAAAAAGCCCAAUUGGAAAUUUGGGCCGAAUUGACCCUAACCUUUUGGCGCUCUUUUCCCAAACGAUUUUGAUGCUAGUCAAAACGACGUCACGGGCAUCUGGCACGCGCACUCCGCGCGCUUUCUCUCCAUCCAACCCUCCCAAUUCUAGGGUUAGGGAUUGUCUGAAGACUCGUUGGAUCAGAUUGUUCACUCAAUUUUCAAUUCCAGUGUCUCUUGCCAGACAACCACAUACACAAUUGUUGGAGAGAGAGAGGAUAUUAAGGCCUCAAUUCAAUAACAAGGUGGAAGCCAUGGAAGCAUCUCAGCCUCUUUCCAUUGAAAGCUUUUCAUACAGUUGGUUAGUGAACCUGAAACCUUCUUUGGAAAGCCUUGACAAUUCUCUCAGAACCUCACUCGAUGCGUCCGAUGAAUCUUCCUUCAUCGAGAUGGACCCAACAAUGUCACCCUCUAAGAGAUUCUUUAUGAAUUCCCAGCAGGAUUUCAAAUUUGACUUCCCUGCUGUCUCCCAAUCUCCUCUCACCACUCUUGUUCAUGCUGAUGAGCUCAUUUCCAAUGGCUACCUUUUGCCGCUUUCUGUUGACUCAUUGAAGAACAUGGAGGCAUAUGAUCAUGAGGCCUCAAAGUCCACUGGUGCAAAUUUUCCGGCCUCUGCAUCACAUUCAGCAAGAGAUGUUGAUCCAACAGAUAAUUCUAGAGACUCCUCUAAUUCAUUGAGAAGGUGUAGAAGAUUGUCGAGACGAAUAUUGGAGAAGUACUUGAAUUUUCUUAGGCCGUUGUACAAAAAGAUUAGAGGUGAUCAUCAUCAUCAUCAUCAUCACAAAGCAAAUCCUAAAGCUGGAUUUAGUGCUGAUAAAAGGAGCCAUUCAGUGAAGAACUGCAGGGUGCAUUCAUCAGACACUAGUCAAUCUCCCAGAAUAAGUGUAGCCUAUUCUGCCGAUGAUUGGCGGAGGUCUUGUGAUUCCGAGAGCUCAAUUUAUGAGGCAGUUCUCCAUUGCAAAAGAUCCAUAGGAAAUUAAAUGGAUUGAGGGAUGUGGUACAAAGCAGUGAACAGAAGAAGAAAGGGAGAGGAAGAAGAAUUCACAUGGGAAGAGAGAAAAUGAGAGGUCAUAAGUCCAGAAGAUCAUCAGCCACUUGUUCUUUGUCAUCUUCCUCUCUUCUGAAUAUAUAUUUCUUGGAUGAUAAUGUAAAUUAAUUUUUGUCUUAGAAUCUGUGUGGAUCCCGAGCUUAAGGAAAAUUGGGACAUCCUAAUUUUUCUUAAGUCCCUUCCUUUCCAGUUCCUUAUUCCUGUAAUAUUAGUUUAAAUCAGGAUUAAUUAAGAUUAAUUUUGUUCAUGGCACAGUUCCAUUCAAAUGGUUUGAAAUAUAAAGAAUGAAGCAGAGGCCACCACACCACACCCUUCAGGACCAAAGGGAUAUUACUCGACAUUUGACAUGUCAAAUCCAUCUUAUGUAAUGUUUUCUAGUUUGGAUAUAUACAUGAAAUUCAUAACCAGUUGUUGCCU